AUGCUAAGCCGCCUGGGGCGGCUUGUUCCGGCCAGCCUUCGUUGCCUUGCCUACGGCACUCAAUCGGCGGCCGCAAACAGCCCCCGCCGGUCCUCGAAGCGAUGGAGUGCAGUGUUGAGCCUCAGCCUGGGGGUGGGCGUCGGCGGGGGGCUGCUAGUUUACGAGCCCACGGCGGAGGACUUCCGCGCCGCGUACCUGACACCCGUUCGCCUAUCCCGCGAUGUGUAUACGGCGGCAGCAACCGUAAUUGACUACAAGCUGACCCUCGGGUCACUAACAGGGGAGGCUCGCGAGGCGGCACUGCGCGAGUGCCACCAGCGAGGCGCGAACCGGCUCCUGGCGCUGUGCUUCGCAAACGGCGGCGUCUACACCAAAUUGGGUCAGCACAUUGGCCAACUGGAUCAUCUGCUGCCUGAGGAGUACGUGAUGACGAUGCGGGAGCACCUGUUGGACCGUUGCCCGGUGUCCCCCCCGGAGGAGGUGCGGAGGACGUUCGAACAGGACCUGGGCGCGCCGCCAGAGAAGCUCUUCGCCUACUUCUCCCCACAGCCCAUUGCCAGCGCGUCACUGGCGCAGGUUCAUGAGGCGCGCGACUUUACGGGUCGGCGGCUGGCGGUGAAGGUGCAGCACGGGGGCCUGAGGGAGAGCUGCGCCGCGGAUGUGGCCACCAUCUCGGCGCUGGUGGCGGCGGUGCGCUGGGUAUUUCCGGACUUUGACUACGGCUGGCUGGUGGACGAAAUCAAGGAGAACCUGCCGCGGGAGCUGGACUUCCGCCACGAGGCCAGCAAUGCGGAACGGUGUCGGAUUAACCUGCAGCGGUCAGCACAGCAGGGCGCAUGGCAUGCCGGCAGAGUUUACGUGCCCCAGAUUGACUACCGCACCAGCUCUCACCGCAUCCUCACCAUGGAGUUCAUUGACGGCGUUGGGGUGACCGACACCGCGGGCCUGGCGGCGCUAGGGUUGUCGCGGCGGGAGGUGAUGGUGCUCAUUUCGGAGACAUUCAAUCAGAUGAUCUUUGCUCAUGGCUACGUCCACUGCGACCCCCACGCCGCUAACAUGCUGGUUCGCAAGGUGGUGAGUUCCCCUGUUGAUCUGUUCAGUCCGUCUGACGGCCAUGCUCAGUUGGUGCUAUUGGAUCACGGGCUGUACAAGUCCUACACAGACUCCUUCCGACUAGCAUAUGCGGCCCUCUGGCGCAGCCUGAUCUUUGCGGACGAGGCAGGCAUCCGACGCUACAGCGCGGCCAUGAACGCGGGCGACACCUACGACAUCUUUGCGUCCAUGCUCACCCAGAGGUCAUGGGACCAGAUCCUGGAUGCCCGCUCCGAUCACUUGGCGGUGCAGCGCAGCCACCAGACACGCCAGGUGGCUCAGCAAUACAUGGCGACGUACAGCCGAGAGAUCACUGGGCUGCUGCAGCGCAUGCCGCGACCGCUGCUGCUGUUACUCAAGACCAACGAUUGCCUGCGCGCUAUUGAUUUCGCGCUGGGAGAGCCGGUGAAUACGUUUGUGAUUACGGCCAGGGAAUGCUCGGCGGCGCUGGCGCGGGAGCGACUGCGUGGCGCACCAGGGCCGCUGGUCCGGCUGGCUGUGGCGUUGGAGCGAUUGCAGGUGGGCAUUGCAUUGCAUGAUGCCAUCGCUCCGUUAUCCCUAAUGGCGCCAGUCUGCGCGUUCUACGGAGCCGUGAGAAGAGCGUACGUCGAAACAAGCAUGACAAUGUAUUCCAACCAACCCUUGCCUCUUGAGGCCAUAUCCCUACGGCUCCUAACCUGCGAUGAAGCAUAUGCCUACGUCAGAAGAGGCCGAGAACUAGCCUUUUGUUUGUAUGUAUGUGCAUGCGAAUAUGCAGGUGGAGGCGCGCAUGCUGGGUUUUGA